AUGACUUGGAUACCAGCUGGUUAUAACGGAACUUGCUACAAAGGUUCUUGCAGUCAAUCAACAGCACUAUUCUUGGCAUUCUUGAUGAAAUAUUUUGGCAAAUCUUAUGACGACCUGUUCACAAAAGUUAAUAAAAAUGAGAAUAAAUAUCUAAAUACAUUUGAUUUUAUUAUUGUGGGAGCGGGGAGUGCUGGGUGCGUUCUCGCUAAUAGAUUGAGUGAAAUAAGAAAUUGGAAGGUGUUGUUAUUAGAAGCCGGUUUUGAAGAACCAUUUGCCGCGAGCGUGCCCGGACUUGCUACACAAUUGAUAAAUAGUAAUAUCGAUUAUGCUUACCGAACGAAUGAUACACCACCCUAUAAUUACAUGCGUGGCAAAGUCAUGGGUGGUACAAGUUCUAUCAAUUCCAUGUGGUAUGUAAGAGGAAGUAAAGAAGAUUAUAACGGUUGGGCAAAGAAUGGAAAUAAUGGCUGGAGUUGGAAAGAAGUUUUACCAUACUUCAAAAAAUCUGAAAAUGCAAGAGAUUCUAAUAUUCGCACUGAGUAUUCACAAUAUCAUGGCACUGGAGGAUACUUGACAGUUGAAAAAUUCCCGUCAGAAAAUGAAAACUUGUCAAAAUUUUUGAAUGCUUUUAAAGAGCUUGGAUUUGAAGAAACUGAUUACAACAAAGGUGAUCAAAUAGGCGUUUCUCCAAUACAAUUUACAAAUACUCAUGGAUCUCGAUUAAGUUCAAACGGAGCUUUCAUAAGACCUAUUAGAAGCCACAGAUCCAACCUGAUUAUCAAAACGAAUGCUCGUGCGGUAAGAAUCAUCUUUGAUAAAAUAGCGAAACGAGCAAUUGGAGUUGAAUAUAAAGUAACGAUGGGCAAACAAACUAUUACUAGAAAAUCAUAUGUAAAAAUAGAAGUUAUAGUUUCUGGUGGCGUGAUUGAUUCACCAAAGUUAUUGCUACUGUCAGGAAUUGGUCCUAUAAAAGAUCUACAAAAUUUAAAUAUUACGGUGAUUCAAGACUUACCCGUGGGACAAAAUUUUCACGAUCACAUGAUAAUGGCCCAACCUUUACGAGCAUCCAAUGGCAAUAUUUCAUCUACCAGCGUAGAAACUCGUCAGAAUGAUCUUAUCCAUUGGAUGACGACUCACGAGGGUCCAUGGUCUUUUACUAAAUUUGUUAGCAUCACAGCAUUCUACCAGACGCCAUGCGAAAAACUACCUGGAACGGCUGAUAUUCAGUAUGGCAUAUUAGGUAUUCCAAAACGAGAGAGCGAUAUCGGAUCUUACUUCGAUAAUGUCAGUAUUGUAACAUUUCUACUUACCCCCAAAAGCCGCGGUUACGUAAAGCUCAAUAAAAUAGAUCCUCAAAACGGUCAACCAGAAAUCCAAGUAAAUCCGUUUACGGAUUCUCAUGAUGUAAAAACGAUGAUAGAAGGAUUGAAGCUUGCUUCUCAAUUGAUGGAUUCUAAAACACUGAAAGCUAAUGGUUUCAUGCGACCGACUGCGGAAAAGAAUUGCCAGAAUCACGAACUUAAUAGUGACGAUUAUUUUAAAUGUUUAAUAGAAAAGCGUAUGAAUAUAGAUAUAGGAGCACACGGGGUAGGGACAUGUAAAAUGGGCCCAAAAACUGACAAUAAUUCUGUUGUAGAUCCCGAAUUGAAAGUCCGUGGUAUUCAUGGAUUGAGAGUAAUUGAUGCAUCUAUCAUGCCUCAAGUUAUAAGAGGUAACACAAAUGCACCAACAAUUAUGAUUGCUGAAAAAGGAAGCGAUUUGAUUAAAAAAGAUUGGCUAUAUAAAUAAAAGUUCUUAAAAAUGCCGUUGAAGUAAGACGUAUGUAUGCGUUGUUAUGACACAAGAGUAAAUCACAACAAAAAAUGUUUUCUAUUUAUAUCUGA